AUGAUGCAGAGAAAACUUAUUGCUGCGUUAGUGAAGGUGAUAAUGGGGUUUCUGUCCGUAAUUGUAUUCCAUGUCAAUUAUGCAGAGAGCUCAUACCCGAGUCCAAGUACUCAUGGCAGCAGUUCCCAGGACCCAGUCAGGCGCAUGGCUUUGAUGAAAUCUUCAUUGCUUACCCUUCGCACCGUAGCCGCCUCAGGUCCUCAAGGAUCAUCAUCUUCAUCAUCACGUGUACUUCACGCGACUGAGUAUGGUGCUGACCCGACCGGAAUAUCGGACAGCACCGAAGCACUCCAGCAAGCUAUUUCUGAUGUCUUCAUAUCUCCUAUUGAAGGGGCACACUUGAUGGAGGGUAUCGCCGAUCUCGGAGGCAGUCAGCUUCAUCUUGAUGGGGGGACGUACAAGAUCAGCCGUCCGUUGCGUUUACCAGACACCACCGGUGCAGGAAACUUUAUGGUGCAUGGCGGAUCCCUUCUAGCUUCAGACGAUUUUCCGACCGAUGGCUAUCUGAUCGAGUUAUGGUCAAAGCCAAGCACUUCAAUGUAUGAGGACAUUACGCUCAAGGACCUUAUGUUGAACUCAAAUUUUAGAGGUGGUGGUAUUGCGGUUAUUAAUUCACUAAGGACUACCAUAGACAAUUGUUACAUUUCACGAUUCACUAGCAAUGGCAUACUGAUCCAGGGUGGCCAUGAAACAUAUGUUAGAAACUCCUUCAUCGGCCAACACAUCAACGUCGGAGGCGACCAUGGUGAAAAGAACUUUACCGGCGUUGGAAUUAACAUCAACGGUAACGACAAUUCCAUCACCGAUGUGGUCAUAUUCUCGGCUGAGAUUGGCAUAUUGGUACAAGGACAAGCUAAUAUUUUCACCGGGGUACAUUGUUACAACAAAGCCACUGGAUGGGGUGGGAUUGGAAUUCAUCUAAGGUCACCCGGGUUGACCCAAACCCGGAUCUUGAAUUGUUACUUUGAUUUCACGGGCAUUGUAGCCGAGGACCCCGUGCAACUCCAUAUAUCCGGAUCAUUUUUCUUAGGCAAUGCCUUUGUUAUGAUCAAAUCCUUGAAGGGUGUUAUCUCUGGGCUAACCAUUGUUGACAAUAUGUUCUCAGGUGAUUACACAGGUGUUCCAAUAGUCCAGUUUGAUCAAUCAAAUGGACAAUAUUUCACAACUAUUGAUCAAGUUGUGGUGGAUCGAAACGUAGUACGUGGUAUGAUCCUUAAAUCGACGGUGGCUAAGGGGUCAAAGUGGAGUAACGGGACAACAUGGACAAUUGAUUUCUCUAAAGUCCUCCUCUUCCCUAACCUGAUACAAAAUGUGCAAUACACAUUGCAGGCAACUGCAGCAUUUCCUUACCAUAUUCUACGGAAUGUGAGUCACAAUUGUGUUACAGUAGAAUCAGACGUUCCCGUCUCAGCCACAUUGCACGUAUCAGUGGAUCAAAGCAUGCUUGGCUAUGUAUAA